AUGGACUCCAACGCAACGGCGGACUGCCCGUCCCUUCCCUGGAGGGCCUUCAGCAACACAACAAUGUGGGGAGUGGCAGGGUUAUGUCGCGGAUUCUUGUCAGCAAUGUGCCAUGCAGAGUGCCACGGGAAAGAGGAGUUUACUGCGCUUUUGGACUCGCGCAAAGAUUCGUCGCAACGAACGAAAGGAUUGAUUACAGUCUCGAACCACAUCAGCGUAAUGGACGACCCUUUGCUUUGGGGCAUUUUACCGAUGCGAUUCUGGAAUAAACGAUGGUCAUUCGGAAGCUACGAUAUUUGCUAUCAGACGAGGCCGCUUUCUCUCUUCUUCACUAUGGGCAAAGUCCUACCCUGCCACCGCUCCGCACACUCCAAAUUUGGUGGCUUAGGUCAACCCGCCAUCACUGAAGCCAUACGUCUACUAUCAAAGGGUCCUUUCCCCGUCGACCACCACCGCGCCGCACCCGAGCUUCAGCGCUGGAGUCGGCAAAACGUCUGCGUUGACCCAUUCUCCGACCUCUCUGUCGCCUACACUACCGAUGGGGAGGAUUCCCACCUGGCCCCAUCAGCGUAUUCAUGCAACUCCAAUUCGUGGGUCCACAUCUUCCCCGAGGGCAAGAUUCACCAAUCACCAAGGAAAACAAUGCGCUACUUCAAGUGGGGAAUCGCACGUCUUAUUCUUGAGCCCCAGGAAUGUCCGGACGUAGUCCCUAUGUGGAUUGAGGGAUUUGACGACGUCAUGCAUGAAAGCCGAGAAUUCCCACGAUUCCUUCCCCGGCCCGGCAAGCGAGUGAGUGUUACAUUUGGAUCCAAGGUGGACUCAGAGAGUGUCUUUGGAGAGAUGAGAUCACGGUGGCGGGAGCUGAGAGCAAAGGUUGAAAAGAGCAACCCUGACUCUCGAGAUCUUCCCGUGGGUGUCCUGAGCGACGAGCUGUUGACCCACAAAGAAGCAGUUGAGCUACGCAAGGAAGUCACUCUAAAGGUGCGAAACCUGGUGCUGGAAGUGCGUCGCUCUCGGGGCUUACCCGACGAAGACCCGAAGGAGGGCUUGGUCGAUACCUGGUUGGAAGAGGGCCACAAGCGUGAGGGCCACAUGAAGGAUGACUCUUGGGUUCGGGACAUCUGA